GACAAGAUCGGUCUCUGCACGAACUGCCCCGCUCAAGGACGCGAACAGGCCAUCAGCUAAUUCACCUCAAUGGGCCGCGCAAUUGCGACUUGCUCAACAUGGCCGACGCGACGGAUUUAGAAGCGGAGCUUCUUGCUGCCCUGGGCUCGCUCCCCGUGCCAAACGAGCUUGCAGCGACGAGUACGGAUACGCCUCAACCUCAGCCGUUGGGCUCGCCAACCCAAGGCGAGAAUGUAGUAUCCGCGUCGCUCAUGUCUCCUGAUCGUCCUCCUCCUGCUCCUGCUCCCGACUCUUCUGCUGUUUCUAUUGCUGCCACCGUCGCCGCUCCAGCUCCAGGGCCGGCCACGCCUUCUACUGUGUCCACUCUCUCGGCUCACGGUCCACUCCCAGCCCCCGAAACGAGCACGAAGGUUCCGAACCCACCGCCUCUUCAGCCAGCCCCGUCGUUUAUGCAGGCACCUGAGCUGUCUCAUGCAAAUGCGACGUCUCAGCAGCCUCAGCAGCCUCUACAGCCUCUACAGCCUCUACAGCCUCUACAGGGUGUGCCCAACCCUGCGCCCCAAGAAACCGGUGGUGCACGUUCCCCGAAACGCCCUCGGAGCCCAGACGACACUGAUGGAAGCAAUGUGAAGCGUCAGAGGACGGAUCAUUCGGGGCAAGCUCAAGAGAAUGGAGUGGAGGCGCCCAAUUUCGAUCUGGCAGCCGAGCUGAGCGAUGCCCUUGCCGAGCUCGACCAACAAGCGAGACCGGAGGGCGACGAUAUCAUCAUGCCAGAUGCGGACGCUGCGCAAACAGCCGUUGCGAGAGUCGCGACACCCGAGCUCGAAAAGGCCGAGAACAAGAUCAUGAAGGCUUCCAGCAACCCUUUCUACGUCAUGCGCUCCAUGAGCCUGCCCGUCUUGGGAAACAUUGCGGUUCAGAUCCUGCUCAGGCUGUCCCAGCAGCCGCUGGCUGAGACACAAUCACUCUUAGCCGACCCCGAGUCCGAGUUCCGCAAAGCGUACGACAUAUUGCUCGAUAUCUUCCGAUCGACCAGGAAAGCCUUUUCUGAUUCUCCGCUGAUGUCGCCGGACGAACUGGAAAUCACCGACGUCGAAGACCGCGAGACAGUACGCAUGUCGAAUCUGGCCGCCACUGCUGCGAGUGUAUUCGGCGCCCAUGACGUCCCUUUGAAAGAUGUACACGACGCCUUCUUCUCGGUCUUCAUACCCGAAGAUGGAGAGUAUGGUUCACCAUUGACCGAGUUCGUUGUCUGUUUGAAGACUCGUCUCUUGCUGGACGCUCUCGACAAGCCUGAUCAAUCCCAGGUGGUCUCGCGGCUUCUCAAUGAGCUGUUUCCGGCGAAUUUUGACAACAUGUUGAAAGAGCGCAGCGGCGAGUCUCACUUGAACCCGGAUGAGGAGGUCCUCGUCAGUCAAAUCCGAGAGCGAAGGGAACUGCUGGUCCGGAGUGCAGCUGACGAACCCAUCAAAAAAUCUCUUGAAGCUCAGUCGUCCUCCGCGAAGCUUGCAGAGGGCUUGAGCGCCUUUCUGCAGAGCCACCUCGGCGUAGUCGUGGAUUACGCAGAGAAGUACGGUGUGAAUAUUCCUCCCAACGAGGACGAGAUUGUCACCUCCAACGCCCCCCAAGAAGAGCAUGACGGUUUAGCUGCCCUUCUGCAUUCGCACCUAGCUAAGUACGAAGGGGUCACUGAGCCAGGGCAGGGUGCCCUCUCUGCUGGAAGCAUCCCGGGGCAAGUCGGCUUACUAGAGAAUGGCAACGAUGACUUGACAAAGCUUAUUGAGGAAGGGAUCUCUAAGCACGUGCCUGAGCUGAGAGAUGCGUCGACGAACCAGCAUACUUCGGCAGGACUUGCAGACUUUGAUUCCAAGAAUCUAGCGUCGUUGAUAUCCGAGAAACUGAAGAACGAACUCGAGAUUCCUACCCACGGACUUCCGGGUCUGUCCACGGCCGACGGGUCCAGCCUGGCAGGACCAGCAGCAAUGCAUCCUCAGUUCAUGGCGCAGCUCACCCACAACAGUCAGGCAGCAUACCAACCAUACACACAGAAUUCAGCUUCUGCAACCCCUGCUGCAGCGGAUGGGGAGGCUCUGCCUCCCAACCAGUCCAUGCCGACCGCUGCACUGUAUGAGAAAGCCCGGCAAGCGGCCGUGGCCAAGUCUUCUAACACAACCAGACGCGAAGGCUUGCAUUCUACACGGAGGCCGUGGACGCCUGAAGAGGAGAAGGCGCUCAUGGCCGGGCUUGACAUGGUUAAAGGGCCGCAUUGGAGCCAAAUUCUCCAGCUGUUCGGCAAGCAAGGUACCAUCUCGACCAUCUUGAAGGACCGCACGCAGGUCCAGUUGAAGGACAAAGCAAGAAAUCUGAAGUUGUUCUUCCUGAAGACAAACUCAGAGAUGCCCUAUUACCUCCAAAGCGUGACAGGAGAGCUGAAGACCAGAGCGCCGAGUCAGGCGGCUCGCAAAGAGGCGGAGGAGAAAGCGCGCAUGCAGGUGGAAGAAGAGCAGGCGAGAAUCCAGGGUAUCAUGACUCUGGCGGGCGGCCUGCAGAACCACCGGCCUGUCUCUAGCGCUCCGCUCGCUGCCUCGCCGCCGAAACAAAGUAGCCCCGUGACGGCUGCGGUGGGAGGAACCAGCAUGUCAAUGAGCAGUAUGACGGUGCCGGCGGCAGUUCCCAUCUCGCCGCGGGUGAAGACGGAGCCGUCAGACCAUCAGUUGUUCCCCAAAACCACGGCAUUUCCUCCGAUCCAGCCAGCCCCGGCUCCGGCUCCGGCUCCAGCAACGCCACAAGCCGCCCGACAUCCUUUGCCACCGCUUCAGCCCUUUCCGAGUCUGCCGCCACUGCAGCAGCAGCUGCGCGUCCAGCAACCGCAACAGCUUCGUCCUCAGGAAGCGCAGGAUGCGGCGGUGGCGUUACCGCAGCAGCGACCACCGCAAACCCAAGCAUCAGCACAGUUGCAAGCACUUCCCCAACAGCAGCACCAGCAGCAACAUCACCAGGUGCAUCCACAACAGCAGCAGCCGCCACCACUACCGCAGCAACAACAGCAGCAACAACCGCAACCGCCGGUCCAGAGCCAGAUUCAACCUCAACCCAGCAGCGCACAACAGCCCGUUACGCAGCCUUCGCCGGCCCCUCAGCCAGUGCUACCUCAACCGGCCACAUCUCAACCCACAUCUCAACCUUCACCGCAAACUUCACCGCAGCAGCCGCCACAGGGCCAAGGGCCGGCAGCCCCCCCUGCUGCCGCAGAUCACCAACACCACCAACCUUUGCCGACACCGCCUAUUCCGCCCAAUCACCAUUCCACGCCCGACCAUGCCCAGGAUACUGAGUUCAUUGAGAAGCUGCAGGCUGCCAUCGCUGACGAGAACCACCUCUCCCAGGCUAGUCAGGCUACAGCGGUGUCCGGCGGCUCGGUGCACUAGAUGUGAUAUUGGGGAUGGUAGGCAUACAGAGAGCUGUGCAACACUCCGAUUACUAUUGCAUCGUCUACACCGGGUCUAGGGAGCUUGGACUUGCUGCGCAUCCUGACACAACGGAUAGAAGGAGGGAAAGAGCACGAUUAAAAGCGGUGACCAUCACAAGAGCGUUUAUCGUUGAAGUAUUGACUUUGUUUUGCGGACUACACGCAUAAAAUGC